AUGCUUUGGCGGUUUAAUCUGGCGUCGACAUCGACGCUGGACUCGCUCUUGACGCGGGAGGUCCCUCCGACGCUCGAAGAGCUUAUGGAUGAGCCCGAUGUGUUGACAGAAUGCAAAGGACAAAAUAACAGACUUGUGACUUUUCUGUCCCGCGAAGACUCGGCCAAGUCGCUCCUGCAAUGGGUCGUCGCUGGCCUCGACGAGCUUGACCAAGCAGCCGCCGACGCCGACGAUGAGAUCAUUGCCCAGGCUAUCACCUCUCCCGAUCUGUAUCCUGCUUACAAGGUGCCGACACCGCUCGUGAUCCCCGGCGCAGGACCGGGCAGUCCGCCUUUAGAACGGGCCAAGCUUGGUGAAGUGAAUGGUGAUAAGGGAAGGAAGGAAGGUGAGGUGGAAGAGGAAGAGGACCAUGGGGAGCUCGACGUACCUGGGCUUGGACAGGGGCUGCGGCGGAAAAGCGAGGCGGACGACGAUAUAUCUCGGUCAAAAUACCCUACGACAGCUACAGAGAUUUUGACUUGUCAGGAAAUAUGGUCCAUCGCCGACACUAUCAUUCGCAACGCCGAUGCCCUCCUGACCCCGUUUUGGGAUGCCGUCGUGCCGCCUAUAGAUUCUUCCACGCCCACUACCAAUGAAGAUGGCUUUGCAUCCAUGAGUAGCUCUGCAAUCUUUGCUCGACAAGAAGCGGGCGAACGAGAUAGAGCGAGGAAUGAAUUUUGGUCAGAGAAGGAUGAAGAGAGGGACCGACGGAGAGAGAUCAUCAGAGGGUUGUGGAUGCGCGUCAAUGCUGCUCUAUUGGUCAAAAGAGGGCCCGAGAUGGUCCGUUUCAUCCAAACCCUUCCCAACAUUGUUGAACGUCUACUUGCUCGCAUCUCCUCGCCCGCCGUCCAAUCACUCCUCAUCACUCUGAUAUCUCGUGAAGAAGGCAACAGUGCGGUCACCAUCGACUGGUUAGCAGAUGAAAAACUCGUACCUCGUCUUCUCAACAUCCUCUCCCCCGAAUACCCCUCUUCCCAACACACCAUCGUAUCCGAUCUGAUCAAACAGAUCAUCACCCUCUGUGCCCCUUCGCCAUUCAACCCGCUCGGCGGAAACGCAGAGUUACAAGCUGGUCAGGGACAAGCUGGUGGAAGAGAUAAUCGGCUCAUAAGGGAGCUUGUCAGUGAGGAGAGUGUGGACAAGAUGAUUGGAUACGUGUUGGACGACAUUGAACUGUCAGAUGCUCAAUGGAAAGGCAAGAACGGCGAGGACACAGAAGCUGCAGCUUGUGACCCCUUUAUCGUCCACCCAUUACCCUCGAUUGCAUCAGCCACAUCGUCCCUUGUCGAAAUAUCGUCCAUCCUCAUCGAAAUCAUUCGCCGCAACAACUCGGACUUUUCUGAACCUCAUCUGUUCCACACGCUCAGAAACAGGUUGAUCUCUGUGCGUAUGCAGGAAGUUUCAGAGGAGCGGGAAAGCGAAGUGGUGGGUGAGGGAGAGAAGCCUGAAGCCACGGAGGAUGAGCAGGAGGAAAAGGAGAGGAAGCAUAUGGAAGAUGCCAUGGUGGAUAUGAGCUCAAAGAUGGGUAUCGUUCAUCUGGGACAUCUGUUAGAUGUCAUCAGUGAGAGGUUUGCGAAGCUGCAGGCGCUUGUUCUGCAACCGAGGUCGCAAGAACGCACAGCGUCUGUGUCAAAUCCCAAGCCCUUCACAUUGGAACGUUUCCGGAUAAUAGAGCUCUACGCCGAACUCCUUCACUCCUCCAACAUGUCCAUCCUGAACCGUCUUCCCGGUACCGGCCCCAUAUACAAUGGCGAAGGCAUCCUCUCAGGCGGUCUUGAAGGUCUCGAAGCGCUCGGGGAGGCAAUCGUAGAGAAUGACAAUGACGGUGCUGCCGACAUCUCUAGAGCAGAAGACGAUCUGGUCACCCAAGCGAGGGAGCUGCCCGUCAGUGACUCGACUGGAGGAAGCUUGACGGGAAGCGAGGAUGAGGAUGUCUUGGAGGCGGUCAAUGAUGGCACAACGCCUUCGCCUUCGCCUAGGUCCUCAAGUUUAUCCGAAACACCUUUGACGUUUGACUCUCAGCCGCCGCCCCCAACAGUCCAGGUGUCAGAAAGGCUGAGGGAUAUGAUGGAGAAGGAAUCGCAGAGACCGUCGUCAUCGGCAGCGUCAGAAGUCGCUUCAGCAACUUCACGUAUGGCAGAGGCCAACUCUACGGUCGCCCCCUCAAUCGCCUCCGACCCCUCUGAACCGCGCGACGAGACACCUCACGUUUCCACCAAACCCCUUCCCUCCAACACUCCUCUCGCCCCAGGCGACAAGCUCAAAGAGCAGUACCUCAUCAACCGUGUCAUGCCUUCCAUUGUCGACUUGUUCUUCGACUAUCCAGAGAACGACUUUAUGCACCAUGUGGUGUAUGACAUCUUCCAGCAGGUGCUCAACGGAAAGCUCGGCCAGGGGCUGAAUCGGGAUUUGAUUGUGCAGUUGAUGGGCGAAGGGAGGCUGGUGGAGAGGGUGUUGGAUGCACAAAGGGUCAACGAUGAGCUGGUGAAGAGACCGAGGGGAGCGCGGUUGCCCUAUAUGGGACACUUGAUGUUGAUCGCGGAGGAGAUCGUCAAGUUCUUCGCCCGCUGCCCGUCGGAUCUCUUCGCGCUCAUCGAAGAUACCUUUGUCCACACCGAAUGGGAAGCGUUUGUCAAUACAUCUCUUCGCGAAGCCAAGGCAAAAGACGAAAGACCUUUGGCUGGUGGUAAACCGGAGCCUCCUCCCGGUCAGAACAAGGAUGACUCGGCGAGCGAGGAGGAUGACGAUGAUGAGCCGGAAGAGCGCUCCGGGGGCAUGAGGUUUGGCGAGCCGUUAACGCGGACGCAGGCAAAAGACAACUUUACGCCAAGGGGCGAAUUUGAUGCCUACGCGGAUCACGAUGAGAACGGAGAUGGAGAAGAUGACGAGGAGACGAUGGAUCGGUAUUGGAAGAACUCUGGUUUGGGUUUGGCGAGGAGAGGUGUGGCCGACUCUUCGGACGAGGAUGAUGACGAUGAUGCGGAUUGGCUUCAACCUCCUGCGGGCAAUUCAUGGAGUGCUUCUGGUGACGACGACGAUUUCGGUGCUUGGGAAACGGGAGAAGUUGCCCACCCUGGUACCGGAGACGACUUUGAUAAUGACGCGUGGGGCAACUUUGCUUCAGGUCCGGCAGGUGACAGCGCCGAGAAUCCCUUCGGUGACGACUUUGGCGACGACAACUUUGCCCCAUCGGUCGUUCGCGCCGAGCCUCAACGGCAUCAAGACGGGGACCGAGGCGAGCCCCUCACGCCUCUGGACUGGGCCGAGCAGUUCGACCGAGCGUUCAGAGAAGGUGGCGGAGACGAUACCCCUCCAGGAUCGUCGCCGAAGCAGACUGCCCAGGACCAGGGGGAAUCCCCCGAGAAAGAUGUGGCCCAGGAGGUUGUGCCAAUCGUCAUGCCGAGUCUGGAUGACGAUGAAGGUGACGACGAUGUGUCCCUCGCGAUGAGCAAGAGCAUGGAAAUGUCGGUCUCGGCCGGCACCAAUUCGUGGACGUUUGCGGGUGAUGACGCUGGUGUCGACUUGCCUCCUACGGAUUCACCGAUCAUCCCCGAUAUUCCCAAGAGUCCCGUCUCUCCCGCUCGGCGACGGUCUAGUUCCUUAGCAUCAUCCUCCUCAGAUUCGAGUACCGCCAGUACAGCCGCUACUGCCACACCUGGUGGUGGCCCAGCCCCCAUCCCCAUCCCGAAAAGGCGGGGUUCCAAAUCCCAUUCCCGCACCGCUUCUCUGUCCCGCUCGUUCGGCCAUCGUCCCCACCCUGGACAUCCCGUCACGUCUCCAUCAUCUAGCCCAUCAUCAUCCCAAUCCUCUCUAUCAUCACCCACAUCCCCCAGUCGUGUGCAACGAUGGGGCGAGGCUUUCUCGCCUCCUGAUCCUGCUCUCAUAGCGGCUGCCACGCAGGAUAGCCCGCUUGGUCCCGGUGUCAGCCCGGACACGAAGAUUAGGGAGGAUAGAUUAUUAGAGAGAGAAGUGGAUGGGAAACAGGUGAGGGUUCCGCAGGAUGAGAUUGUGGAGGCUAUCGAGAGAAAUGCGGAUGAGCAAGAGACAGAGUCGUUGUAG